AGCGGUCGAUCACUAAGGCGAGCGUUUGUAAACACAUUUCGGUCUGUAGACCGAAAUUCGAGUAUUCGAGUAUUUCACACACGUAGAUAUGGGAAAAAGUCUGUUUGAUUUUGCCACAGAAGGGGAUAUAGAUAGCAUAAGGCAACUUUUCGAGGAUCCGGAGAGUCCCUAUGUCACAGAUGCCAGCACCGAGCUUAAUAAGAGAAAUCCGGAUGGCAAGUCCGCCAUAGACCUUGCCGCCAUGUUGGGAAGAAACGAAGUCGUUCGAGAACUUUUAGAGCGCGGUGCUGAAGUCAACAGCAAAACUAAGAAAGGUUACACUUGCUUGCAUAUUGCUGCAUGUUGGGGUCAAGUUGGCUGUUUGAAGGCUCUUGUUGCAAGUGGUGCUGACUUGCAAAUCCGAAAUGCUCAUGGGGAGCGUGCAAGGGAAGCUGCCACCCGGUAUAAUAAAGUGGAUUGCAUAGAGUACCUUGAUAAAGCCGAGGCUCAGUUUGAACUCAAAGCUUUGAUAACAUCAACAAAGGAGACGAUAGCAGACCCUGAUAAGCACAUGGGGCGCUUUACUAAAGAUGACAGGGUGAGUGGAAAUCGUUACUGUGAUGAGAAAUCUGAAUGGCUAGAAAACAACGCUGACACUGCAUCCCUAGAAGAGAUUGUCAAGCAGAAAGAAGACUUGGCAGGGGUGUUGCAGCCAAUUCUGAGUAAACUAGAAGACAUUGAAAAUGGCAAUAAUUCCAAGGAUGCAAAGAAAUAAAGAUAAGGAAAGCUAUACCCUGAGCUAAGUAGGUAAUAAUAAAUAGUAUGUCAGCUUUAAGUCUACAUCAUUCUCAGCGGUGGCCGAGCAGUCCAGAAAGCAAAGGCCCUAAUAAGUUGUAUUUAAAAUGCAUCUGCUUGCCCCCUUGCUGGGAUUCACAUGCAAAAAAGUCAUCCACUCAAAAUGAUGGGGCUAGCCUGCCCCUCCCCAUUUGCUGCCCCUGUUUCUCUGAUUCUGUCAGGCAGGUUAGCUUGGAAUGGAAACGUGGUUUCUAUGGCAAAGGAAAUUUGAAUUAUGUUGAAUUGAUGUACAGUAAUUUGAUAGAGUAGAUGCCCCAAAAAUCAAAGAUUAAAACAACAAGGAAAAGAAUGAGAUAUCCAAUGGGAAAAAUAGAGUUCUCUAUUGUUAUGGAUAUUAUGGAACUUAUUGUUAUAUUCAUGUAUUCAUUAAACACCAUUGCCCUUGGCAUUCUACUACUAUACCCAAAUAUAAGUUAUGCAUGUUUUUUUACAUUUGAGGAUGUUACUAGAUAAUGUAAUGAUGCCAACUGUGUACUUGUUGUCAUGUCAAAAAAAUCAAUUAAGGUCUCUUUAUGCAAUAAAACAGUGCGAUGAGAGACCUAAAACUAAACAUUGCCGGUUUUAAGCCUUUGCAGUGUUAUUUUGAUGACUUUUUUAGGGCCUGAUAGGGUAACCUUUAUAAAAGAAUUCGAAUUAUACUCAUAUAAUUAUUUGUACAAUUUCAGACACUUAUGCUCACACUUCUGGGUAAAAAAUAUAAAAGAAUAUUUA